AUUGGCGUCAAAUCCACAGGCGCAGCGAUUAACGUUGUUGUCUGAAAGAUUUUUCUUUUUGUUUCUCUUGUUUCCCUCUAAACCUCCGUUGAAUAUCUCCAUGUCUCUGCAGUUUCGUAUUUAACUUUUCUUUUCUCUCAAUUAAUCAGUGAGAGUGUGUGCGAUUGUGUGUGUUUCUUGGGUGCAAUCUAAGCUAUCUGGGCAGAUAGAGAUAUCAGGAUUAAGGGGGGACGAUGAGUUGGAGGAGAGUUUUCAAGUCUCUCCAAGUAGUGCUGGCUCAUGGGUUGCUUUUCUCUUUCACUCUUAUUCUCUCCCUCAAGCUUCAUCACGCCCUUAGCUAUUCUUGGUGGUUAAUAUUUUCUCCUCUCUGGUUAUUUCAUGCGGUCGUGGCAAGAGGCAGAUUCUCCUUACCAGCCCCAUCUAUGCCUCAUGGUCGCUACUGGGCGCCAUUUCAUGCCAUUGUGGCAACUCCUCUGCUUGUUGCUUUUGAACUUCUCCUCUGUGUACAUCUUGAGAGAAGUUAUGCUGUAAAUUUGAAGAUUGUAUUUCUGCCUCUACUAGCACUAGAAGUCGCAAUUUUGGUUGAUAAUAUUAGGAUGUGUAGGGCCCUUAUGCCUGGAGAUGAGGAGAACAUUAGCGAUGAAGCAAUAUGGGAGACUCUUCCGCACUUUUGGGUUUCCAUUUCAAUGGUCUUCUUCAUUGCUGCAACUACAUUUACCCUACUCAAGCUAUGCGGUGACGUAGCUGCUCUUGGUUGGUGGGAUCUAUUUAUCAAUUAUGGUGUUGCAGAGUGCUUUGCCUUUCUUAUUUGCACCAAGUGGUAUAAUCCAGCAAUUCAUAGACGUUCGCAUCUUACAGCAUCAACUUCGUCUUCAAUGAGUUUCAGACAUCUUAACUGGAGUAACAGUGUCUUGGCAUCUCCUGAGGAAGAUCACCAAGAAAACAGUAUGUGCAGUUUGCAAGACAUUGGUGGGCAUGUGAUGAAAAUACCCUUUAUUGGUUUUCAGGUCAUGCUGUUCAUGUACUUGGAGGGAACUCCUCCUGGUGCUAAACAUAUUCCAAUUCCACUUCUAUUUUCUCCUCUACUUCUGCUGCAAGGAGUUGGAUUUUUGUUUGCGAUAUAUAGAUGUUUUGAGAAAAUCAACCUGUUACUACAUGGUGAUGCUGAUUCUGGAAGCAGUUUCCGACUACCUCCUACAGCUUACGACUAUAUGGGAUUUCUGCGUCGUGGAUCAAGGUUAUUGGGUUGGUGGUCUAUUGAUGAAGGAAGUCGAGAGGAGCAAGCCCGGCUGUAUUAUGCUGGGGAAUCCGGGUACAAUACAUUUUCUCCGGAUGCUGUAAAGAAAAUGCCAAAAGCUGAGCUUGCUAAAGAGAUAUGCAGGCUUCAGUCUGCCCUUGUUGCACAAACAGAGAUCACAAAUAUUAGCCAGGAGGAGUUUGAAAGACUUCAAAAUGAAAAGAUCCUGUGUCGGGUGUGCUUCGAUGAACAAAUAAAUGUUGUUCUGCUCCCUUGUAGGCAUUACGUUCUUUGCAGCAAUUGUUGCGAAAAGUGCAAGAGAUGCCCCAUCUGCCGUGUGUACAUUGAUGAGCGUCUGCACGUGUACGAUGAUGUAUAGCUACUGAUAGUACAGGCCUAGUGAAAUUUUUUGCUGUAAUUCUACAUUUAAGCAUUGGUUAGGUGGUGACUGCAGUUUUAUCAAGUCAUUUCGCCAUCGUAAACUCCUCAUAUGAAUAGUUAAAUGUAAUGUUGGAUUAUUAGUUUAACAUCCAAAUAUUCGUAAAUGUGCUCAUAGUCGUAUAUAUGUAUGUAGUAUCUGUACUGUUAUUCAGAGUUACUGCUCAUAUGUAUAUAUAAUAUAAGAAUUUCUA